AUGAGAACCUCGUUCUCGUCCAUUCUUUUCAGCCUUUGGCUCCUUGGCCUUGGCGUGCUCGCACACGACGAGUCAUGCGGUUGCACUGUCAAGUACAUUGUCGUUGAGAUGCCUAGUCAAACAGUCGCUGCUCAGACCAAGCCCACCAAUAUCCGAUCUAAGCCUAACCAGACGACUGUUCGUGCGUCUUCGACUUCCGCUCACCACAACACCACGGCGACUUUCCUUCCCAAGCCUCCCGCCAAGGUCGACUUGAGCAACCCCGAGAAUGCGGUUCCCAAGAAGAACAUCUCCAUGUCUUACGGCGAUGUUGAGAAGCCCCGUAACCAAACCUUCCCUGCGCUCAACACAACCGCUCCCAAGGGGGCUAUCGACAUGGACCUUGUCAUGAACCAUCCAGCUGUUGUUCUGGAUCACAUUGACGCUAUUGUCUCGGUCGAGUGUACGGCCGAUUCCGUCAAGGUCCAGUUCGGAAAGUCUGCUGCUUUCGAGAAGGCUAUCGAUACUUGGUCAGAUGACGAACCAUUCAUUCUCAUUACGAACAACAUGGGCAAUUGCAAGACCGACAUUGGCCAAGCUUUCUACCUUGUUGAUGGCGUUACUACAGACAAGGAAACCUGUGAAAUGUCGUUCACAUCGAUCCCUGCCACCAAGUUGACGAAGCGCCUUACACUUAACCCCAGUCUUUCUCUCAACUUCGGCACUGGUCUUGAGAGAGAUACUGUCCUUUUCCAGGAACAGCCAUGGGUGACCAUCAAGGCCGAGAAGGCAGAAUUCUCUUCCACUGUCUCCUUCUCUGGCCGCGCCAAGUACAACUUUUGGCGCUUCAAAAUGGAAGAUCUCUAUUUCGAUCUCGAUACCCAUUUCUCAGCUGAUGUCGCUUUGGCCGCCGAUGUAGCUGCAGCUUGGUCUCGAUCUAUCCUCUACGACCCCGAUACCCUCACAUACACCCUCGUCGAAGUUCCUGGUAUCCUCUCUCUAGGACCAGGCCUGUCUUUCGCUGUUGGAGUAGAUGUUGAUACCUCAGCCGCCGUUGCAGUCAGAGCUGGCGCCGGUGUUGCUAUCCCCGCCGCAAACGUGCAUCUCGAUUUCCUCGAUUCGGGCAAGAAUGCUGCUACUGGCUGGGAGCCUCAGUACACAUCUUACGCCAACAUCACCGAGAGCGUCGAGGUCGGCUUGAAUGCCAGUGCGUCGCUUACUGUCCAGCUCACCUUCAAGCUUCUCGGCGGCCUGGUCGAUCUCAGCAGCGGACUCACAGCUACUCCUGAAUUUGUGAACAAGUUCACUCUGGAUGCUGCACAGUCGGCCCAUGCUUCGACUGGUGGUGCUGGAGUGAAUCUUUUGGACGCCGAAAAGGUUGCCCCAGUUACGACACCUGGCUCAGAACUUGCUGUCGUAAAUGAGCCCAAGGAUUGUGGUGUUUCUCUCAAGUCCGACUUCAUUUUUGAUCUGGAGGGCUUUGCGACAAAGUGGUGGAAGGCUAAUCUGUAUCACGUUGAGGUCCCCAUUACCGAUCUUUGCUAUAAUUUCCAGUAG